CGCACGCGCGGGGCGGGGCGGGGCUCCGGUCACUUCCUGCCCCCGCCCCCUCCCGCCGCACCGGGCCCGCGCGCCGCCGCCCGCUCCCACCGGCCCGGCCCCGCCCGCCCGCCGCCAUGUCGUUUCGGAAGGUGGUGCGGCAGAGCAAGUUCCGUCACGUUUUCGGGCAGCCGGUGAAGACGGAACAGUGCUACGAUGACAUCCGCGUGUCCCGUGUCACCUGGGACAGCACCUUCUGCGCCGUCAACCCCUCCUUCGUCGCCAUCAUCGUGGAGGCCAGCGGCGGCGGUGCCUUCCUUGUCCUCCCCCUGCACAAGACCGGACGCAUCGACAAGUCGUACCCCACGGUGUGCGGGCACACGGGUCCCGUCCUCGACAUCGACUGGUGUCCCCACAACGACUAUGUCAUCGCCAGCGGCUCGGAGGACUGCACUGUCAUGGUGUGGCAGAUCCCCGAGAAUGGGCUGAGCCAGCCGCUGACGGAGCCCGUGGUGGUGCUGGAGGGACACUCGAAGCGCGUGGGCAUUGUCACCUGGCACCCCACCGCCCGCAACGUCCUGCUCAGCGCAGGCUGUGACAACGUGGUGCUGAUCUGGAAUGUGGGGACGGCGGAGGAGCUGUACCGGCUGGAGGGGCUGCACCCCGACCUCAUCUACAGCGUCAGCUGGAGCCGCGACGGCUCCCGCUUCUGCACCGCCUGCAAGGACAAGAGCGUCCGCGUCAUCGACCCCCGCCGUGGCACCGUGGUGGCCGAGAAGGAACGGGCGCAUGAGGGGGCACGGCCCAUGCGCGCCAUCUUCUUGGCCGACGGCAAGAUCUUCACCACCGGCUUCAGCCGCAUGAGCGAGCGGCAGCUGGCGUUGUGGGACACGGAGAACCUGGAGGAGCCCAUGGGGCUGCAGGAGCUGGACUCCAGCAAUGGGGCUUUACUGCCCUUCUACGACCCCGACACCAACGUUGUCUACGUUUGCGGCAAGGGUGACUCAAGCAUCCGGUACUUUGAGAUCACGGAGGAGCCCCCCUACAUCCACUUUCUCAACACCUUCACCAGCAAGGAGCCCCAGCGGGGCAUGGGCUGGAUGCCCAAGCGUGGGCUGGACGUCAGCAAGUGCGAGAUCGCCAGGUUCUACAAGCUGCACGAGCGCAAGUGUGAGCCCAUCAUCAUGACGGUGCCAAGGAAGUCGGACCUUUUCCAGGAUGACCUGUACCCCGACACAGCGGGCCCCGAGGCGGCGAUGGAGGCGGAGGAGUGGGUGGCGGGACAGACGGCGGGGCCGGUGCUGGUGUCCCUGCGCCAGGCCUAUGUCCCCAGCAAGCAGAGGGACCUCAAGGUGAACCGCCGCUCGCUGCUGCACGACAGCGGCCCCCCCGCCGCUGCCAGCCCCGCCGCACCGCCCGCCGCGCCCCCCGCCGCGCCCGCGCCCACCCGCCUCAGCGCCCCCGCGGCCCUGGGCACCGGCCCCUCUGCGCCCAUGGGGGGCGGGCGGCUGGCGGAGGUGCUGCAGGAGGUGGCGGCUCUGCGGGCGCUGGUGGCGGAGCAGGGACAGCGCAUCACCCGCCUGGAGGAGCAGCUCAGCCGCCUCGAGAACGGCCAUGUCUAGGGACCCCCCCGGGGGACCGCUGACCCCCACCAGGGACCACUGACCCCACCCAGGGACCACUGACCCCCAUCCCCAGGGACGCCCCCACCUGCCAGGGACCACGCCUGCACCCCAGGGUCCCCUGAGCCUUCCCCUUCCUCCCUGGGGUCUGUCCCCCCACAACUGGGGUCUGUCCCCCCCCACCCCACUGCCGGGUCCUUCUCCCGUUGGAGGGCUGGCCGCCCCUCUGGCAGCUCCCCCCCUCACCCCCAUUGCCUUACUGGGUGCUGCCCCCCCAAAAUCAUGGACCAUUAUCUCCCCCCCUCCUCAAAUCGUGGACCAUUCUCCCCCCAGCUCCCCCCCAUGUCCUCAGGCUGGGGGCUGCUCCUGGGAUCAAACACCACCCCCUGCACCCCGUCCCCCACCCCGGGUGGGGUGGCGUCUUCCCCCCCUUCCUGUGGGACUGGGCAUGAUCUGCUCCCCCCCCAUCCCCAAACUGUGGAAUAUUGUCCCCCCUGUAUUUUGGGGGCUUCUUCCCUCUCCCUGUCUCCCCUCCCACCUUACAGUGCAGGGUCAAAAACUUAUAUUUUCACUCCAAAUAAAGGACUUUAUAAGAAAA